AAAAUUUCCACUUCCUCUUUAAUAAAGGCCUUAUUGGAGGAUGCCCGAGGCCAAGCAGCGAAGUUCCAAAUAAAGGACCCCUACAUACUGGUCCGACCCGAUGCUAGCCAUACCAUCUUGUCCCCGCCGCCCGGGUGCACGGCGUUUUACUAUAAGGCCAUGGAACUAGGCCUAAGAUUCCCGCUGACCCCAUUCGAGAAAGACAUCCUGAACGCCUACAACAUGUGCUUGGGUCAGCUCUCCCCAAACUCUUGGGGCGGGAUCUUAGCGGUUCAGGUGAUCUGUAACAUCAUCGGUGUCAAGCCGACCCUGACCCUUUGGCGGCAUAUGUAUAAAUUGUUCGAAAUGCCAGCCGGGGACCAUGGUCCGGGCUGGUGGUGUUUUCAGGCUCGGCGGGGCUAUCGUACAGUUCUUGAUCUCCCACCUCUCAGAAGGGGUUCCGCCGAGGAUUCGCCUUUGUGUACUAUGGUGGGGAAUGGGGCAUCACCACCGUGCCCCCGUCAUCCGAGCCAAACCACUGUUUGAACUUCAAGGUGCCAGAGCUAUCCGACGAGGAAGCUGUGGCCGCCAUCUACUUUCAACUGGAGGCUAAGAUAGUCGAUGGUGGCGAGGUGUUCGUAGCGGGGAACUGGCUCCCGAGCUGCAAAAUGUUCAAGAACGAGCACUUCCUCGCCGCAUUUGGCCUGAGUCCGGCCUUUCCCAAGGAAGCCUCCCUAGCCUUUCUCAAAGAGACCGACUCAGAGAUGGCCGAACGAUUGACCUCCGCUGCACUGAAGGCGGCUCGGAUUAGGGCCGAGAUGAAGGCCAACAAGAUUAACAAGCCUUCUAAGCCAAAAGAUCCUUCCAACCCUAAACCGAGGAAGCGCAAGGAGCGCACUGAAGAGAGGGUGGAAAUGACGGAAAAGGCUUUGGCGAAGCCCGAGCCGAGCAGGAGGCUUCCGCAAAGAAGGCUAGAAAGGAGCCUUCUGUCGAGGUGA